CCGGCGACAGCUAAAGAAGUGUAGAAAUGGACUAGCAGUACAUUAUUCCAAAGCCAUGUCACAAUCAAAAAUACUUUUCGUACAGCACAACCACCACUCGUACAAAAGUGGAGAAAUGGACGUGAUCAUGUGGCGUGGACUACCACCGCACUUGUCCUCCUUGUGUCGCGAUCCAGUCCAGGAGAGUUCGUUGGCCCGGAUGGAGAGCGCGGCCGGCGAGGAGCGGCCGCGGGGCCACCGGUUCGUGCUCGUGCACGGCGUCUGCCACGGCGCGUGGAGCUGGUACAGGGUGGCCAUGGCCCUGCGGUCCGCCGGCCACCGCGUCGACGCGCUCGACAUGGCCGCGUGCGGCGCCAGGCCAGGGCGCGCGGAGGAGGUGGGCUCGUUCGAGGAGUACAGCCGGCCGCUGCUGGACUCGCUGGCGGCGCUGCCGCCCGGGGAGAAGGCGGUGUUGGUGGGCCACAGCUACGGCGGCCAGAGCCUCGCGCUGGCCAUGCAGGCGCACCCGGACAGGGUCGCCGUCGCCGUCUUCGCCUCCGCCGCCAUGCCGGCCGCCGGGAAGCCCCUCAAGUUCGUCUCCGAACAGUUUGCGCAAGAAAGGGGCCCGGGUUUCUUCAUGGACAGCGUGAUCGAGACCACCGGCGGCGACGACCCGGAGCGCGCUUGCAAGACGUUCCUGCUGGGGCCGGAGUACAUGGCGCAGCGGCUGUAUCAGCUCAGCCCGCCGGAGGACCUGACGCUGGCGACGAUGCUGGUCAGGCCGUCGCGGCAGUUCGUGGACGACGCCACGAUGAACGAGGAGGUCCUCACGGCGGAGAGGUACGGCGCGGUGAGCCGCGUGUACAUCAUCGCCGAGGAGGACGUCUCGUGGUCGCCGGAGUUCCAGCGGCGGAUGGCAUCGUGGAGCCCCGGCACGGAGGUACGGGGGCUCCAGGGGGCCGAUCACAUGCCCAUGUUCUCCAAGCCCAGGGAGCUCUCGGAUCUCCUCGUGGAGAUAGCCGACAAGUACAUCUGAAUCAGCAGCAAAGUUCAUCUUCAGUUACGGAUAAAUUCUGAAUAAUUCCUUCAGAGGAAUCAGAGAUGUUUCGUUCAGAGUUCAAACUUCACACAUGGAUGUCACAAAGAACACCAUGAUACAGAAAUAUUUAUCACUUCCGCUUCAAUAUUUAUUUAUGUUACAUUUUA